GGGGCCAGCCGAGCCCGCCGCAGCGCCCAGAGCCAGACGUCGGCAGCCCGCGGGCGCAGCGUGACCCGAGAUCGAGGUUUGUCAAACUGGACAUGGAGAACUCGAGGUGUGGCUAAAGACAUCAGCCCAGAGCAUCACACUUGCUAUUUCAGUGCUGAGCUGUGAUCUCACUUUGCUUGUCCUGAAGGAGUUUUGCCUCAGGAUUUGAACCAAAAUAAAAACUAAACAAAUUUCAAGACAGAAGUGGUCUCCGCCAGUCAAGAAACCCUCAAAAGCAUUUUACCAUGGAUAUAGAAGAUGAAGAGAAUAUGAGAUCCUGCAACGAAGGCGUUGUAAGUUACUCUUUCUGGGCACCACAGGUUCCAGCAGCACUGAUGUUAAGGAAAACCGCAAUCUGGACAACAUGCCCCCCAAGGACAGCAGCACACCUGGGCCUGGCGAGGCUAUUCCGCUCUCCAACGGGGGUGGUGGUAGCACCAGCAGGAAGCGGCCCCUAGAGGAGGGCAGCAAUGGCCACUCCAAGUACCGCCUGAAGAAGCGAAGGAAAACACCAGGGCCAGUUCUGCCCAAGAAUGCCCUGAUGCAGCUGAACGAGAUCAAACCUGGCUUACAGUACAUGCUGCUAUCCCAGACAGGACCUGUGCAUGCGCCUCUGUUUGUCAUGUCUGUGGAGGUGAACGGGCAGGUCUUUGAGGGCUCUGGCCCUACAAAGAAAAAGGCAAAACUCCAUGCCGCUGAGAAGGCCCUGAGGUCUUUUGUCCAGUUUCCCAAUGCCUCUGAGGCCCACCUGGCCAUGGGAAGGACCCUCUCUGUGAACACAGACUUCACAUCUGACCAGGCUGACUUCCCCGACACACUCUUUAAUGGCUUCGAGACUCCAGACAAGUCAGAGCCACCCUUCUAUGUAGGCUCCAAUGGGGAUGACUCCUUCAGCUCAAGUGGAGAUGCUAGCCUGUCAGCCUCCCCAGUGCCUGCCAGCCUCACCCAGCCUCCUCUGCCCAUCCCACCACCAUUUCCACCCCCAAGUGGGAAGAAUCCUGUGAUGAUCUUGAAUGAGCUGCGUCCAGGGCUGAAGUAUGACUUCCUCUCCGAGAGCGGGGAGAGCCAUGCCAAGAGCUUUGUCAUGUCCGUGGUGGUAGAUGGCCAGUUCUUUGAGGGCUCAGGGAGAAACAAGAAGCUUGCCAAGGCCCGGGCUGCACAGUCUGCCUUGGCUACUGUCUUCAAUUUGCACUUGGACCAAACACCAUCUCGCCAGCCUGUUCUCAGCGAGGGUCUUCAGUUGCAUUUGCCACAGGUAUUGGCAGAUGCUGUCUCACGCCUGGUCCUGGGUAAGUUCAGCGACCUGACAGACAACUUUUCCUCCCCCCACGCACGAAGGAAAGUGCUUUCUGGAGUAGUGAUGACCACAGGUACAGACGUCAAAGAUGCCAAGGUGAUAAGUGUUUCAACAGGGACGAAAUGUAUCAACGGUGAAUACAUGAGUGACCGUGGCCUUGCACUAAAUGACUGCCAUGCAGAGAUAAUCUCCCGAAGGUCCCUGCUCAGGUUUCUUUAUGCACAACUUGAGCUUUAUUUAAAUAACAAAGAAGACCAGAAAAAGUCCAUCUUUCAGAAGUCAGAACGGGGUGGGUUCCGGCUGAAAGAUACUGUACAGUUCCACCUGUACAUCAGCACCUCUCCCUGUGGAGAUGCCAGAAUAUUCUCUCCGCACGAGCCAGUGCUAGAGGGUAUGACGCCAGACUCUCACCAGCUGACAGAACCAGCUGAUAGACAUCCGAAUCGCAAAGCAAGGGGACAGCUACGGACAAAAAUAGAAUCUGGUGAAGGGACAAUCCCUGUGCGAUCAAACGCUAGCAUCCAGACCUGGGAUGGAGUGCUGCAGGGGGAACGGCUGCUCACCAUGUCCUGCAGUGACAAGAUAGCACGCUGGAAUGUGGUGGGCAUCCAGGGGUCCCUGCUCAGCAUUUUCGUAGAGCCCAUCUACUUCUCCAGCAUCAUCUUGGGCAGCCUGUACCAUGGAGACCACCUCUCCAGGGCUAUGUACCAGCGGAUCUCCAACAUAGAGGACCUGCCGCCACUCUACACCCUCAACAAACCCCUGCUCAGCGGCAUCAGCAAUGCAGAGGCACGGCAGCCUGGGAAGGCACCCAACUUCAGUGUCAACUGGACAGUGGGCGACUCUGCCAUAGAGAUCAUCAAUGCCACAACAGGGAAGGACGAGUUAGGCCGCCCAUCCCGCCUGUGUAAGCACGCAUUGUACUGUCGCUGGAUGCGUGUACACGGCAAGGUUCCCCCCCACCUGCUGCGCACCAAGAUCACUAAGCCCACUACAUACCACGAGUCCAAGCUGGCAGCGAAGGAGUACCAGGCUGCCAAGGCACGUCUGUUCACUGCCUUCAUCAAGGCGGGGCUGGGCGCCUGGGUGGAGAAGCCCACAGAGCAGGACCAGUUCUCUCUCACUCCCUGAGCCAGGCGGGUGUCAAGCACAGAGUGCGAGGCUGCAGUGCCGAGUCAUCCCCCAGAGCCUUGCAUCCGAACCGGGACAGGUGUGCACUUUAGGGAGGGCAUGGGGAGUCUGGGGGAACCACUGGACAUCAAGCACCGUCCCCAGCAGCUCUCACCUCACAGGGCAGCAUGGGGACGUCGGGUGCCGGGCACCUCACAUGUGAAUGGGAAUCAGGUGCACAAUGGAGGUGCAUGGGGGGGCAUAGGGGCCCAUCACCACCCCUUACCACACAUUUCCCCUCCUGAGCUACCCAGUGACCGCUUUAUAUCUCAGUUUACAUUAGACAUUGAGUUCUACUGAGUAGGGCUUCCUAAGUAUAGGAAAAUAGAAAUUACUUUGUGUGAGAUUCUUGAAUAAAUAAUUUAUUCAGAGCUAGGAAUGAGAUUUAUAAAAUAAGAAGUAAUUAUGUCAGGUCACUUUUAUGCCACAUUAUUUUAAUUGCAAAAAAAAAGCGUUUCUAUGUGGAAGAGCACGAGAGUAUAGAGGUAGGGAGAGAACCACCAUGCACACAUCUAUGCGUGGCCGCUCCUCUCCGUAGGUCCUUCACAGUUAGGUCCUCACAGUAGGUUUUAACAGUUCUCUUGGGGUGACCCAGCAUGAUAUGGUGUGACCCUGGCACAUACUGGCCCUGCAGCAGGGAUGCUGUGCUGUGUCCUGCAGAGUCAUGACCUAGGAUUGGCUGCCUCUAGAAACUACCAUGCCCCUGGUUAGGCUCAAAUGAUGGAGAACUCGAUUUGCUUCUAAAUAAGUGAUGAUCAAAUAUGUCCAUAGCCUGUAUUGGCGGGUCUUCAUUGGGGGUUUAAACCAUGUAGGUUUGGGGACCUACAAGCACUCAGUAGGGCUGCUAUGCACACAGAGCACACAGCCUGCCUUCUGCUCCUUCCUUGGGAUCUGGUGGGUCGGAACCACUGACUGACUACUCAGAAAGCUUCACAGGAUGGAAAGAGUUUUUUAAGCAGGUACCAUUCUUGGAGCAUGCCAGGUAGGGCAUAGUAUUAUUAUUCCUUCUAGCUUUAUCAGACACGUGUUUAUAAAACAUUCAGGUUGAAGCUGGUGAGACAGUGUGAGGCCGGAACGCUGCAGACCAGACAUUGGUGUCUUGACAGGCAGGCCUGGGUGCUAUUGGCAUCUUGUGGCUAAGCCCCAAAAUGCUUCUCAGCACCCUUUAGGCACAGGGUGGCCCCCAGGGCCCUGGAGUGGACCGCCUGGACCUCCUGUGCUCAGACUUGCCCCAGGUGCCUUGUUGCUUCCACUCAGGAUUAGGGAGGAGUAGAGAGAGGAAGGGCUGUGGCUGUCAGCUCAAUGUGCCAGCCUGGUCCAGCAGGUUGCUCUGAAGAUCCUCAGGGCAUGAGCAGAGAAGAUGCAGACUCAUCCCACAGCACACAUCCACUGCAGCUGCAUCCAGAGCACUGACAGCUGUAUGGCUCUGCGCUGUCCACCCAGGUGUUUGUGUCCUUGACACACUGAGAAAAAACAGAACAAAAGCAUAGCCACUGUCCGUUCCACCAGUUUCCCAGCAGACCUCAAGAGAAUGUGUGUUGUUGCUUACACGGGACCUACUUGUGUCCCCAUGUCAGGAGCCCUGUCUGUGUCCUUGUGGGUAUCUCACAUGGUUCUCAUCCUGUGGGACUUGAUCCUCAUGGCAUGAAUGUCCUACCAGAACUCUCUAGUGACAUGUGAUAUCACAGACAUCUCCAACUCACCACCUGCCCUCCUGAUGAGGGUGAGCUCUCCCAGUCAGGAUCACAGAGCCCUAUGUGCCAUGAUGGUAGGGCCUUGUUUGGGUAAAAUGCACUGGGGUUCCUUAGGGAAAGGGUCUCAUAUUGUCAGAGUAUCAGCACCUUCCCCACAGGCUCCUGCACUUUCCAGAAAGAAAAACACCAUGUUGGUGUGCUCUU